AUGCAAGAAUAUCUUUAUGUGCUAUUAAUUAGUAUUUUAUUAUACAUUAUUUUCUCUAAUGAUAGUUUAGAUUUCCGGUUUAACGGGAAAAAUUGGAAACUUUGAAGUGAAAUAUGAACCGGAAAUAACUGCACUGAAUCAACAAAGUUUGGAGUUAGAACAAGUUCAAAGAAUAGCAAUAGUUGAUGGUCAAAGUAAAAAUGCAUUAUCAAAUCAUCUUCGACAUAUUGGAGAAAUGUUUGAAUAUAUGGGAUAUAAAGUAUUGAGUGGUAACAAAGUUCGAAGUAAUUCAAGUUGGGAUGUUAUGUGGUAUCAUGAGUACAGUUAUAGUUAUGAACCAUUUGCAAGUUUGAUAAAGGAAAGUAAUACAAAUCAAAUAAUCAAUCAUAUACCUGGAUCAGGUUAUUACACUAGUAAGGUAAUCAUUCUUAUUUCAAACCAAAUACCCAUUUUAAAAAACCUAGGUAGCUCUAGCAACUUGCGGAUUGAAUAUUGGUGUUCCACAAGCAUUCCAACUUCCACAACAAAAAGAUGAAUUUCUUAAAUAUUCUGAAGAGAAUCCAGAUUUUCUAUGGGUUCAAAAAGACAAUACUCACAGAAAUAUUCGAAUUAGAAAGAUUGAAGAUAUGGAACUAGAUCGAAACAACUCUUUCAUUCAAAAAUUUGUCGAGAAACCACUUCUUAUUGAUAAUCGAAAAUUUGAUAUUGGAAUUUAUACAGUUGUUACGUCUCUUUUGCCAUUGAGAGUUUAUAUUUAUGAUGGAGAUGUUCUUAUAAGGUAAAAAAUACUAGAAAUGAUCAAAAUAAUAGAAAUGAUUUACGUUAAUUUUUAAAAUUAAAAUAAUUAUUUUUAGAUUAAGAAAUGUUUAGUAACACCGUUUUACCCUACAGCUAUGUAUUUAGUCCUAUUUAAUAAUAAAAUAAACAUUAUAGAUUUUGCCCGGAAGAUUAUUAUCCGAUGGAUGUUGAAAAUGUUGAUAAAUAUGUUGUUGGUGAUGAUUAUACACCAAUUUGGGAAAUUGAAUCGCUUUCCAAAUAUUUCAAUAAUCAAAAAAUGAGUUUUAAACAUACGAUUGAUUCGUAUUUGGGAACUAAAGGAAUCGAUUCGACAAAAAUUUGGAAUAAAAUCGCUGAAAUAAUCGCCGAAGUUUUUCGACUCCAACAAAGCAAAAUGUUGAUUGCACUUCAAUCAAUGAAAGCAAAUGCAAAGACUUUCGAAUUGAGUCGAUUUGAUUUUGUCGUUGAUGAAGAUUUGAAUGUUUUCUUAAUGGAAGCUAACAUGUCACCAAAUUUAUCAUCAGGACAUUUUAAGCAAAAUCAAAUUAUGUAUGAAAAAGUGCUUAUGAGUAUUUUCUCAAUGAUUGGAAUUGGAAAACAACUUACUCCUGAAGCCGAAAAAAUGUUCAGAUCUCAAAGAAGCAGCGAUCAAAAUCCAGUUGCUAGUGAUAGAGAUAUCAACUUGCCACUGAAAUUCUGUGUAGAAGAUAAAUGUAAAAACUGCGAUGAAGCUAUGGUAAGCUAACUUUUCUCUUCAAAACGAAUAAAUAAUGCUAUUAAAUUUCAGGAAUGCCAAUUAUGUGGACAUUGUAUGACAUCAACUACAAGGAAAAUAUUAGAAGAAACUUAUUUGGAACAUUUGAAUAGACGUCAUAUGCGAAGGUUGAGUUUCAACUAUAAUCAAGAAAGACAGGUGAUUGUUAAAUAUAUAAAAAUGAGAAAAUAGUUUGUUAUUUCUAUUUUCAGCCUCUAACAAGGGAAGAUCAUUUACAAUCACUUUGGCUUCAUACUAAAUGUGAAUUGGACUAUUCGUGGUGCUAA